AUGGCACAGGCAUCAUCAACGACAGCCCCGACGCUGACACCUCGAUUCUGCUUCGACGAAAGAUUGUUUAGAGAUUUCCUCCGACUAUCUAGAUCUACCAUUGACGACUCGAUCACACAAAACCUCAAUGCGUUGAUAACACCCGCGCAAGACGGUUUCGAUCCGUCGUCGACCGCAAGGCGCCAGACAGAGUCACGGAACCCGAAGACCAUCAACCCUGCAUCCUGCCAGAGCUUCAAGGACAACGUGCUGUUUCCUUCGUGGCAGACCAGAUCGGAUGUCCUGACAUACUGUGCUGGCGUGGCAACGAGUCCAGAUCCCGAAGAUCCCGAUCUCAUCCUCCGUCAGACGGAAUCUGCGCGUGACCGCGAAAGAGAAGUCAAUGAGCGCCUUGACCCAUACUCGGCUCGAUUCUUUCCUCGUGAAGCGCGUACCGAGUCGCUAGCUAAUCUCAUUCGCAAUGAGCGGACUAUCGAAGAGAUUAUCCGUGCCCGGACUUGGGGAAUGGUUUCAGAGAAGUGUAGUGGCUCUUCUACUUGGGAAGAGGCGCUGAAUGACUGGCGUCAUUCUCAUCAGAAAUAG